AUGAUUGGUGCGCCGGGCCGGGCCUCGCUGCCUGUCAAAGUUCGGAAAGCGGCGGCGGGCAGCAUGGCGGCUGCCGCGGCCGCGGACUCGUUUUCCGGCGCCGACUCGCCUGCCGUGCGGUUGCCGCGGUCGCCGCCGCUCAAGGUGCUGGCGGAGCAGCUGCGGCGGGACGCGGAAGGCGGCCCAGGCGCGUGGCAGCUGUCGCGGGCGGCGGCAGGCCGCGGGCCGCUGGAGCUGGCGGCCGUGUGGAUGCAGGGCACGGUGGUGGCGGCGGGCGGCGGCGAGGCGCUGCUGCGGGACCCGAGCGGGGUCUUCUCGGUGCGCGGCCUGGAGCGGGUGCCGCGCGGGCGGCCCUGCCUCACCCCAGGAAAGUAUGUGAUGGUAAUGGGAGUGGUUCUGGCCUGCAGCCCUGAGCCGUGCCUUCAGGCUGUGAAGAUGACCGAUCUCUCCGAUAAUCCCACCCAUGAAAGCAUGUGGGAACUAGAGGUGGAAGAUUUACAGAGGAGUAUUCCUUAACGUUGAAACCACCCUUAAAAACAGCUAGAAUUUCUGAAGCAGUUUAGGUUCUUAAACCCUCGUGGAUUUCACAGACAUCGUUCAAUGCAUAUUUCUCAAAAGUUUCUCCACUUUGCUUUGGUUGACCCGGGCGUCCGCAUGCAGGAAUUCGAGAGAACGCUGGGAUGCUUGAGUUAACACGCCUCUGCUGCCCCUUGCUUUGACCGUGUUUGCUGAUGAAAAG